UUCUUUUUUCUCGCGUUUAUUUAUUUAUUUAUUUCAUUUUAUGUGUGGAAAGUUUAUUUUAUUGGAUGUGUAGCAACCUUUACUUUUUCGUCUAAUGAAAACAGUUACUAACGAAUGGAUUCGCAGUAAAUGACGUAUGACAUAUUUAUCGUUUUGGUACUAGAGUUACCGAGACUUGUCAAGUACUCUGAAAACGAAAAUCCAAAGGCCAAGCUAAGAAGAAAAAGUCGUGUCGUGAAAUUAUGACGUCUAUCAGCGAGGUCGAUACGGUGCCUAAAACAAAAAAACCGUCGGAUAGCGCAUUCAAGCAACAACGACUACCAGCCUGGCAACCAAUACUCACAGCUGGUACAGUUCUGCCGACGUUUUUUGUGAUAGGAAUUGCAUUUAUACCAGUGGGCAUAGGAUUACUUUACUUUUCUGACGAGGUUAAAGAACACAUUAUAGAUUACACUAACUGCAUCUCUAGCAAUCCAGGAUCUAAGAGGUGUGCAGAUGUGAUUGCAGAGGAUCCAAACAAUACCUGUGAAUGCAAAAUAGAUUUCCAAUUACCUACGGAUUUUGAGGGCAAGGUUUACAUGUAUUAUGGCCUGACAAACUUCUAUCAAAAUCACCGUAGAUAUGUGAAAUCUCGAGAUGACAAUCAACUAUUGGGAAAAUUAGAUCAUGAGAAUUUGUUAGUCUCAAAUGACUGCGAACCUUUUGCCUACAAAGAAGUAAAUGGCACAACAAAACCCAUUGCCCCAUGUGGUGCUAUUGCAAAUUCACUUUUUAAUGAUAACCUGACACUGUGGUCCUUUACUCAUAAAGAUUUUGUACCAUUACUAAGAACCGGUAUAGCUUGGCCAUCUGAUAAAAAUAUCAAAUUUAGAAAUCCAGAACACACUAAGGGCAAUCUGAAGGAAGCAUUCAAGGAUUUUGAAAGCCCUAAGAACUGGAGUAAAAACAUUUGGGACUUGGAUCCCUUUAAUGAUGAUAACAAUGGAUUCCAGAAUGAGGAUUUAAUUGUAUGGAUGAGAACUGCAGCAUUGCCUACUUUCCGAAAACUCUAUCGUAGAAUCGAUCAUUCUCAAGAGGGCUUUAAAAAUGGUCUACUUGCAGGAAAUUACUCUCUUAGAGUUACAUAUUCAUUUUCUGUUACCUCCUUCUAUGGAAAGAAAAAGAUGAUCUUAAGUACAACUUCUCUUUUGGGAGGAAAGAAUCCCUUCCUUGGUUAUGCUUAUAUUGUCGUGGGGAGCUUGUGCUUAUUGCUAGGUGUAGCACUACUCAUUAUACAUAUUAAAUGUUCUAAAAGCAAACUAAUGUAAAGACGACUACAAGAAAGUAUUCUUAGGGCACCCAUGUAUGUUCUUCACCGCCGACAUGAUCAAUGUGACUCCAACUACGGAAUAUCAUCAUUAGGAACGAUUCGUUUGAAAUGAACAUGAUUAUAGAUUACCGUAGGACGAAUGAAUUUUUUGAUAAUAUUGAUUUUCGUUUGUCAAUCAUAAACGAAGAUAUGAUUAAUGCAGUAAAGUAACAAAUCAAUCAAAAAUUUCUUAUUUAAAAGAUGGUUAUCUUUUAACUCGAGAAUAAUCACCCGGAGAGAUUUUUACACUCCAGUAACAAAAAAAUAAUAUUGAUAAAAAUAUAUGAAUUAAUAGUUUGGUUUACUGAUCGAAUAUCCAUACCUAUAUUUUUAUUUCUACUUACUUUUUUUUAGAAGAUAUUUAAUAAAUGUAUAUAAUGAUCUCAAAUAUUCAAUUGUAAAAUAAUCAAUAAUGUACAAAUGCAACUAAUAAUAAUGAUAAGAAAAAGGUGAAAAAUUACUCUAGGUGAUUGUUUACGCAAAAAAAUUAGAUACUAUUUUCGAGUUAAAAAACAUUUUUAAUUAAGUUUUAGUAUUGUUAUAUGUAUAGCAUGCAUAAUAAGAUUUUCAUAAUUGAAUUAUAUAUUCUUAGACUUAUAUCGUAACCUUCAAAUGGAGUCUCUCUAAUUAAUUAUUUCAGUCUUAAUUGACAAGUAAGUAGCUGUUGCUGUCAAUAUUUAAUUAAGUUGUGAAUAUCCUGUUAUGAAAUGCUAUAUAUCAGCAAAGUGGACGAAAGUAUUAUAUAAAUGAUUACACAAUGCUGAAACCAAAUGUUUUAAAAUAUUUCAUUUAUAGAUAGUGAAUUUUUCGUAAAAUAAUCUUUUGAAUUAAACAAUGCGUUUGUUGCAUUUGUUGAUGCACUUAUCUUACAGUUGUUGAUUUAGAACUAAACUUUCUAUUUUAAAUCUUGAAGUUAUAAAGAUAUAGAAAUUAAAUAUAAAUUAAAUGUUUCCUCACAGUGGCUUCGUAUGAUUCAACAGUCAUAAAGUUGCUUUUCUCUUUUGUGGAGUUUUAUUCGUUUAAUUUUGACAUACCAAUGCAAAAGUAACUUUAAUGUAAUUUAUUUAAUAUCAUUGAGAAAAAUAUCUUCAAAAUGCACACGAGCAAAAUCCUCUUUAGAUUGUUGUAUUUUAUGAAGGAAACCAUUAUUAAUGCUGUUACUUGAAGAUUAAUAUUUAUUGCGUAAAAAAUUAUAUAUUCUGCAAACUUGUGUCUAUCAAGCACUUGUAAUUUCUAAAUGUCUUGAAAAUAUGAGGUAUACUUGUAGGAGAUAUAGAAUAUUGUGUUCACGGAAAUUAAUUGCGUUACAAAAUAGUUAAUAACUAUACAUAUAUAAAUAUGCAUGUUUUCAAUGUUUUUUUAACAAAUGAUUUAUUAAAAUGACUGAUACUAUUGAAAUUAAUUAUUAAUCAACCAAUAUUGAUGCUCUGUGUAUAAUGGUUUAUAAAGGUAUUUAAAUUGGCGAUGCGUUUUUAAAUAAUAGCAUUUGAAUAAUAAUCUUGAAUUACGUAUCUGUAUAAAUUUUUAAUUAAUUUGAGAGAAACAGUGUUGCCCUCAGAAUUUUUUCUGAGUGCAAUUUUGAUUUAUUGUGCCUUAACUAGAUAUGUAUGUAUAUUGAGCGACAUAAUUAAGACAGUGUAUUAUAAUUACAAUUACUUUAUAACAGUGUAGAAACGGAUUACUGAGGUCAGAUUACAAUGUAAAAUCAAUCUAGUCUACUGUGAACAUAAUAAAGGGAAAUGAUUAAAAAAUCAGAAAC